GAAAAAUAAUAGCGCGACAAGAAUAACCUGAACGUCUCUCGCGCUGCUUUGCAAAUGGAGCGAUUUCCAUGUCGGGUAUCGAUCAACAUGUUCUGUUCUGCCGUUGUGAUGUUGAAAAAUAAGCAUAAUUAAUGGUUUAAAAACACGCAGCAUGUUUGAUAACGUGCUGCUUUUAAGAGCACCUCGGAAUCGUUUGUUUUCCAAGACUCGCUUUUUGCGUUGUGAACUGGAACUGAACCCGUCGUUGGUAGAACAUUGGAAAUAUAUCGCAGUGGAGACUGACCCAACAAGAACGAUGCAAUGCUAAUCACAAUAAUGCGAAAAAUUCGAUUAAAAAGUGCACUGCGGCGUUUUCGCGGAGCACGUGAACGCAACAUUGAGCACGUGACCAUAGCAGUUAGCGAGGCGGCUAACGGGCUUGAGCUAACUCGCGCAGCGUCGCGUCGCCGCACAGAAAUCCCGACGGAAGGAACGCGAGCCGCUGUGGGUGUCACUUUACGCUGGGACUCGGACUGGGACUCGAAGAGCACGAUGCCAGAGCCGGCUGAGAUGAGUGGUCCUGAGGUGGCCAAGUCACCGGGAGGAGGCGCUCCGGGGAAGGAGGGCAAGGAGCCGGUGGCUAACGGGCACGCGGGCGACGCCAACGACGCCAACCCCUUUGCUGAGUACAUGUGGAUGGAGAACGAGGAGGAGUACAACAGACAGGUGGAGGAGGAGCUCUUGGAGCAAGAGUUCCUGGAGCGCUGCUUCCAGGAGAUGCUGGAGGAGGAGGACCAGCACUGGUUCAUCCCGUCACGCGAUCUCAACAACCAGGGGGUGGAGCAACUGCAGCAGCAGCUCAACGGCCUCUCCGUCAACGUCGGCGAACACCGCAGCAAUUUGGAGGAAGUGGCGAGGAAGAGCAUUUUGAAUCCCGAAGCAAAGGAGUUCGUCCCUGGAAAGAAAUACUAGGAGUCCCCCUCACCUCCGUGGUGCGCCCCCCCCCCCCCCCCUACACACACACACACACACACAGAGCAGCCCUCGCUCGCAUUUUCUCAGAGACUCUGGCGGCCACGAGUGAGCACACUGACCCUCAUACACACACUUGAAGGCCCAGUUUGGGGGGGCAGGGGGGUGACUUUUCCUUUUUUUAAUUUUGUUUCCUUUUUAUUUCUCGUUUUGUUUCUUGUAAAGCAGGGGGGGACACUUUGGAUCGGGAAGGGGGGGUGGGGUGUUAACACAAGUCCAAGCGCCGCAGCGUGCGCACUUCCGAAUGCUCUCGUCGGCCUCGCGGAGCAAGCGAACUCUCGCUGACGUCCCCCUCGGAAAUGAGGCAGCUACCGAGGAGCGAUGCCACACUCAAAAAAAAAAAAAAAAUAAUAAUAAUAAGCAACCCAAAGUGUUGUCGCGUACAUUUUGUGUUCCAUCAAAUUGGGGAUAAAAGCCAC